CAUUUUAGAAUGGAAAAUUCUUAAUCUGCCUGUCUGCAUUAGCAUCAUAAUGUGCCAUGUAUAUAUUUAUGUACAUAAAGUACCUUCAUUGAAUGCUUGGCAUUUUCUCUUGCAGUCAUGUGAGGUGGAAAACUGCCCAUUUAUAAUCUUUAAGGACAUGAUUACAAUACUGGUUUCUGUUUUGGACAUGUAUUUUAAUACUACUGCAAUCGUUGCUUUGUAGCAGCUGGCAUAUACUGAACAUGUGUUGUCUUGACUCCUGUGGUUUGCAUAUUUAAAGAUACAGUUGGUAGCUAGAGGCAAUUCAGUUAUUUGCUUCCUUCCCUGUCUGAGAAGCUUUGGUAUUAUUUUUAUCACUAUAUCAUUAAUUUCUCUUGUUGGUUCAUAAUUCAAAUAAGUGUUGCCUUAGAAAGAAACCUGGUGGUUCUUAAUGGCAGUGGUGGUACAUGAUGAUGUUAAUUUAUUUUCAUUAGGUCCAGGUGAAUAAGUAAAUCCAGGCUGGAAUGGAAUAAGCAUUUUCUUAUUUACCUAAGCUUUAAGAGAAAAUAGUAUCACGGAGCAGAAUAACAAUUUAAAAUUAAAUUUUUAGUUGCUUUGUCCUGAUUCCCCUUCCCCCCUGCCCCCCUGCCAUCCCUAACGGCAUGACAUCAUCCUCUAUAGGGAAAUGUGUAUUCUGCUUGACAGAACAUGACAUCACUGCAUUACAUAAACCAAGAUGAGACAAUCCUUAGCAGUCUGUUAGAGUCAGCACCGUCCUCCAGAGAGCAUUGGUGUUACCCUGGCUAGUGCUUUAGAGCAGAAAACAGAACUGCUGGUUAAAACGUACAUUCGAGUGCCUAGCAACAAAAUGGAUAUCUCUUUGUGGAUGUCUUUUGUUCUUUAAAGAAGUGCAGGUGACUUGGUGCUCAGAAAUUGAUGAAUAUUAAAGUUUUCAGGGAAUUUCGUGUGCUGCUAAUUUAUGUGGUAACAAUUCUCAAGUCUGGAAUAAUUUUGUAAGCAAGAAGAUUUCUUAAUUACAUCAGUGCUUCGAGAGACAAGGACACAAUAUUCAGAGUAACUAGAUCUGAUAAUUGAGAGCUAUAAUGGCAGACACAGGAGAUGGACCACAUUCAGGAGAAGAUCAGGCAGAUGCAAAAUCUAUUCCUAGAGGUUCCAAAGGAAAAAACCUGUCUGCUAGCAAGUCUAUGGACUCUGGAAUUGUGCCGGACCACAGUUACAGAAUGGAUUAUCCAGAGAUGGGGGAAUGUGUAAUAAUAAACAAUAAGAACUUCCACAGACAGACUGGGAUGGUAGCCCGUUUGGGUACAGAUGCGGAUGCUGCAAGUGUCAGAGAAGUUUUUAUGAAGUUGGGAUAUAAAAUAAAGAUCAACAAUGAUCUUUCACGUGAGGACAUUUUUAAACUAUUGAAACGUGUUUCUGAAGAAGACCACAGCAAGCGAAGCAGUUUUAUUUGCGUGUUGCUAAGCCAUGGUGAUGAAGGAGUCAUCUAUGGUACAGAUGGCCCUCUUGAACUGAAAGCACUAACAAGCCUUUUCAGAGGUGACAGGUGCAGAAGUUUAGCAGGAAAACCCAAGCUCUUUUUCAUUCAGGCUUGUAGAGGGACAGAACUAGAUUCUGGUAUUGAGACAGACAGUGGAUCAGAAGAAACAAUGUGUCAAAAAAUACCUGUAGAAGCAGAUUUCCUGUAUGCAUAUUCCACAGCUCCAGGCUAUUACUCCUGGAGGAACACAGCUCAAGGCUCCUGGUUUAUUCAGUCACUCUGUAAAAUACUGAGCGAACAUGCAGGGAAACUUGAACUCAUGCAGAUUUUAACUCGUGUAAAUCGCAGAGUAGCAGAGUAUGAGUCCUGCUCAGUUCAGCAGGAUUUUAAUGCAAAGAAACAGAUUCCAUGCAUUGUCUCUAUGCUCACCAAAGAAUUUUACUUCUUUUCCUGAAAAAAAUUCACCUUGCAAUUUUUCAGGUCAUGUUUUUAUCUGUAAUUUAUAUGCAAUGUUAGUAUGGAAUACCACUCUUAAAUCUGAAUUACUGUUGACUACUGUGUGUGGCAUAAUGAACUGUAUCAAAGUUAAGUAUGUCCAUUAUUAGAAGUAAAACAAAGUAUGGCUGUGUUAGAAAUGCAAACUUGAGUAGCUGAAGCACAGGCAAAUUUGGAAGUAGUGCUCUGAGUAUCUCAAAAAAUUAGGAAGAGGACCCUGAAGAAAGAUCACCUAUCAGAUCUAUUUGGUGCUACAUUUUGCUUUGCUGAAGGGGCAGAGAAAAGAAACAGUUCUUGAAUAUAGUUUGGUUUCAUAUCUUUGCCAAAAGGAACAAGAUUCAGAAUGUGAUAUGUUUACUAAUGAUGGUAAUAUGAUAGUAGUGUCUUUAUACAUUUCUUCUUAACUCAAGUUCUUAAAGUUUAGGUUAUAAACUAACCUAAACUGGUUUUAUAACUUAGGGCAUAAACUGUGGAAAGCAGCAGCUUCAUUUUUUACAUACAAUCAGGAAGCCUGUUUAGAAUACAGUGAUUUUUUUUCCUGAUCAUUUUGUAUCUUUUUGUAUGGAUUAUUAGGUGAAGCAAUUAUACCAACACGGUAGCUGUUUCAAAAUAAGUUUUGUAUUCUGACCUUCAAGCUGAGUGACUAAGGGACCAGUCUUCCAAAAUUUCCUUUUCUGCAGCUUCCUAAGGGGGGAGCUGUUGGGGCAUGUUUUGGGCUGUAAGUGUCAGUGCAACAGGAAGCCUGCAUUCUGAACAGGCUGCAUUGCUCUUUCUGGUCAUAAAUAAGAGUGGGUUUGCUUUGUGCUAUGUGCCUACCACAUUUAACCUGUGUGGAAACCUAGAUUUGUGGAACUGGAGAGAUUUCACUUAAUUCUAAUAUCAAAUUGAGUAAAUUACAAGACAAAUAUUAAAUUUAUAUAUCUUGACUCUGAAUUUUGUGGAACUGGCUUUUACAAAAUUGUAAAACAUUUUUAUUGAUUUUUUGGCUUGUCUCGGUCUUUAAGACUAGAGGAAGACAAUGGUAAAUGGCUCUAUGGUGCUUGCAAAACAAGACUUAAAACUCUAGCAUAAACAAUGUUAGCAAAUUUGUGUUCAAUUCCAGAGGCAUUUGGGGUUUUUUUACUUAAAUUAAAUACUGUUUCCUAAAUUGUA